GCCGAGCCGACAGACUGAAUGUCAGCUGUAAGCUCCAAACCGUACGGAUUUUCCCUUCUGCCUGCAGCUGUGUUCCUUCUCCUGCAUUUCCCCUGGGUCUCACUUUCUGUCUGGAUUUACUGAAUUGAUUUGAAACAGUCUUAGCAACACUGGGUUUUAAUUUUCUUAUUCAGGGAGCCUUUCCGAACCGACAUGGACCAAGACGGACUUCGUUGCUCCUCAAGAUGAGCUUUCAUUCAUUCCUGGAGGUGGAGGCGGAAAAAGGGGGAGACCAAGAUGAGACUGCAUUUGUCAACAUCAGAUGUAUUUAUUCUGCUGCUUUCUCUCAACACAUCGCUUGUGAAUGGUCAGUCACCUCCUGGAAAGCCUACAAUAAUAAGUUGCCGGUCCUCAGGAAAUGAAACGUUUACUUGCCGAUGGAAACCUGAUUCUGACGGGGGGCUUCCUACAAAUUACACUCUACUGUACAACACAGAAGGAGAAAAACUGGCCCAUGAAUGCCCAGACUACAUAUCUGCAGGCCCCAAUUCCUGUUAUUUUGAUCAAAGGUUCACCAAGCUUCAGACGACAUACAACAUCACGGUUAAGGCCACCAAUGACAUGGGCAGCAAUAGCUCUGAUCCUCAGUAUGUGGACUUGCGAAACUUAGUUCAGCCAGACUCACCCAUGGAUCUAUCUCUGGAAGUCAAACAGUUGGAUGGGAUAAUGUAUGUGCGGGCAAAAUGGUCUCCGCCUCCAUUGGGUGAUGAUGCAACAAGCCGGCAAACAUAUAAUUAUGAAUUGCGACUAAAGCCUGCAGGAGGGGAAGAAUGGGAGACUUAUUUUGUUGGAGAGCAAACGCAAUAUAAAACGUCUCAGUUGAAACCAGGAGUGAAAUAUACAGUUCAAGUUCGCUCUUUAACAAACCACGGAGAAAGGAGCAAAUGGAGCCCGGAAACUUACAUCCAACUCCACAAUGGCCAACUUCCAGGAAAGCCAGAGAUAAUAAGAUGCCGCUCUCCUGAGAAAGAAACCUUUGCUUGCUGGUGGCAGCCUGGUUCUGACGGAGGUCUGCCUAUCAAUUAUACUCUGCUGUAUAACAAGGAGGGAGAAAAGAAAUACCAUGAGUGCCCAGAUUAUACAACAGCAGGACCCAGCUCCUGUUAUUUUGAUAAAUGGCAUACGAAACUUUGGACAACGUAUAAUUUUACCAUAAGGGCAACUAACGAGAUGGGGAGUAGCGUCUCUGAGCCAUAUUACGUGGAUGUGGCAAAUAUAGUUCAGCCACAUUCACCGGAAAACCUGUCUCUGGAAUUUGAGAAAAAAGUAUAUGGGGAAUACCUGUUGUUGAACUGGGAUGCCCCUUCCCUGGGUGACGUCAGAUCUGGUUGGCUAACACUUGAGUAUGAGCUACAAAUAAAACCUGAAGAAGGACAAGAGUGGGAAAGAAUAUUUGUUGGGCAGAGAAAAACAUAUAAGAUGUUCAGUGUAAAUCCAGGAGCAAAAUACGUUGCACAGGUUCGCUGCAGAGCAGACCUUGGAACUUGGAGUGAAUGGAGCCCUGAAAGUUAUAUUAAGCUCCAAAAAGAGAUCAGACCGAAGGAUAUACUUGUUUGGAUCUUUGUGGCUUUUUUAUCAUUUGCCAUUGGUUUGAUCAUGAUCUGGACCUUGGCUUUGAAAAGAACUAACAUGGUGGCCCGUUUUCUGCCCCCUGUUCCAGGGCCAAAGAUAAAAGGCUUUGACGCUCAGCUACUAGAGGCAGGGAAAACGGAAGAAUUACUGAGUGCUCUUGAUUGCCAAGGUUUCCCUCCAACUUCAGAUUAUGAGGAGCUGCUGGUAGAAUUUUUGGAAAUAGAUGACAGUGAAGACCAGCAACUAAUGCCAAAUCAUGAAAAGAGUAAUCCCAAUAAAAAUGUAAAGUCGGCACACCAGGAAACAGACAGUGACUCAGGGAGAGGAAGCUGUGAGAGUCCUUCUCUAUUGUCAGAGAAACGCAAGGAAGCCAGAAAUCCACCCUUCGGAUUGGAAGUACCAGAUCCCAAUGAGGUCCAAAGGGACACUGGUAGAAAAAGCAUGCGGGAAACACCAAACAUAGACCUUGAAGGACAGUGUCCCUGGUUUAGCAGUGGUGGACCUAGGCCAUCCACAUGGCCUGGAGUUCAACAAGCUAAUAGUCAGACUUCCUGUCAUGACACUGUGGGUGGAUGUAAAACAGCACUCAGUGCCAUGAACGUCAAAGCGUCACCUAUUUUGAUGGGUAGUGAAGAACCCACUGAGACUAUUAGCAAAGGGAAACCAGACAAAUUAGAAGAUGCAGCAAAUUUACACUUAAAAGCUCACUGUGACCAAGGGUCAUUGUGGUUACUACCUCCGGAGAAGUCACCUUUCUUCUCUUUAAAGCCAAUGGAUUAUGUAGAAGUUCACAAAAUCAACCAUGAUGGGGCGCUGGCUGUAUUACCAAAACAGAAAGAAAGUCUUGGCAAAACUGAAAAGCAUCUUGUGUACGGAGAUCCAAAUGAAUACACCAAGGUUUCAACAGUUGUAUCCAACCGUAUUCUGGUAUUAUUCCCAGAUCCCAAAAUGGAGGGUUUGCCUUCCUUUCAGGAACUACCAAAUGAACCCAUCCAAAGCUGUCAGCAGAGCCAAGCAGAGAAAAAACUGAGCAACUGUCUCACAGCUCCAAGCGCUUGCAAAAUACAGACUGGUGGAUUAGAUUACCUGGAUCCAAAUAAAUUUAUGCCCACCUUUAAUUGACUGAAAGGUCAACUGUCCUUCUACAGAUAACAUUACAAGUAAAAUAAGCACUCGUAGCACAAGAAUUGCUCAAAUAUCUGAUUGAACUCAGUUGUAGCUCACACCUUUUUAUGCUUUAUAUUCGGUCAUUUAAGGACAUGCUGAUAGCUGAUUGCAGAUCAUUUUUUGUGUAUGUCUGUGAUUUUUAGAGCUAUUUUUGUAAAGAGUGACUUGCCGGGAAUUAAAAGUACACUUUGUAGUUUUUAAAAAACAAGAAACAACGAACACUCACAAAACCAACACCCACUUCUGACAUGUGUUGUUAAAAAGGGAUCUGUGUAGUGAUGUAAUAAAAUGAAACUUUGGAUCAUGGUCAAAUGUUGCUGGUUAAGAGAUAUAGGUUGGCCUUCUAAAAUACUUUGAAAAAUCAUAUUAUAAUCAGAUUUUUGAACUCUACACAAGUAAUGUCCAACCAACCUGUAAUGUGCCACAAAUACAAGUCUAAAAUAUGAGCUAGUGGCCAUGCCAGUGGGAGAGAUUCAGCAUAUGUAGAAUCCACCAGGCUUUGCCUGGACUUUUCUUCUGGUUUACCAAGCCAGGGAACAGUUCACAGUGCAGGAGAGAUAGGCGGGAAAGCAGGCCUCACUGUGUGCUGAGGCUGGGCCCAGGAGCACUCCUUUCCAGAGCACCAUAAACUCCCAUAGAUGCUGCUUCUUGUGGCAUCUGUGCCAGGGCUGGCUCCAUAUUUGAGCAGGCUUCAACAUGAGCUUUCUGGUGACCACCAUACUGGGCCUGGUCUGGGCCAUCAUUUGGUCA